AUGGCGCAAGUCCAAGUGCAGCCUCAGGCGCCGGUUUCCGGUGCAAGCGCGGUGGCAGCCAAUGGCGGUGGCGUAGGGCAGUUUCCGUCGACGUCGCUGUACGUGGGGGACUUGGAGACGAACGUAACUGACUCACAACUAUUCGAUCUGUUCAGUCAAGUGGGGCAUGUGUUGUUUGUGCGCGUUUGUAGGGACAUGAACACCCGCCGAUCCCUCGGCUACGCUUAUGUCAAUUUUGGCAACCCCAUGGAUGCAAUGAGAGCAUUGGAUGUGCUGAAUUUUACACCUCUUAAUAAUAAACCAAUUCGAAUUAUGUAUUCAAAUCGAGACCCUAGUGCUCGCAAAAGUGGGACAGCUAACAUAUUUAUUAAGAACCUGGAUAAGGCAAUAGACAACAAAGCUCUUCAAGAAACAUUUUCUGCAUUUGGUACCAUUCUUUCAUGUAAGGUUGCUACAGAUCCUUCUGGACAGUCAAAAGGAUAUGGUUUUGUUCAGUUUGAUCGAGAGGAAGCUGCACAAAAUGCGAUAGAAGGAUUAAAUGGUAUGCUUUUAAAUGAUAAGCAAGUUUAUGUUGGACCUUUCCUUCGUAAGCAUGAAAGGGAGAAUUCUUUUUUUAAGACGAAGUUCAAUAACGUCUUUGUUAAAAAUCUCUCCAACUCCACAACUGAAGAGGAUUUAACAAGAAUUUUUGGUGAAUAUGGGAAAAUGACCAGUGUUGUUGUGAUGAGAGAGGCUGAUGGUAAAUCUAAGUGCUUUGGAUUUGUCAAUUUUGAGAAUCCGGAUGAUGCUGCACUGGCAGUUCAAGAGCUUAAUGGGAAGAAAUUUGAUGAUAAGGAGUGGUUUCUUGGUAGAGCACAGAAGAAAGCUGAAAGAGAGCAAGAAUUAAAAGUGAGAUUUGAACAAAGUAUGAAGGAGACUGCAGAUAAGUUUCAAGGGGCUAACUUAUACUUGAAAAAUUUGGAUGAUAGCAUUGGCGAUGAGAAGUUAAAAGAACUUUUUUCAGUGUUCGGUACAAUUACUUCUUACAAGGUAAUGCGAGAUCCUAAUGGUAUAAGCAGGGGGUCAGGUUUUGUUGCCUUCUCAACACCUGAAGAAGCUUCUCGUGCUCUUUCAGAGAUGAAUGGGAAAAUGGUUGGUAGCAAGCCUCUUUAUGUUGCACAUGCGCAACGUAAAGAAGAGAGGAGAGCUAGGUUGCAGGCUCAAUUUUCACAAAUGCGGCCAGUACCAGUGCCACCUAAUGUUACUCCUCGGGUUCCCAUUUAUCCUACUGGAGCUCCUGGAAUCGGACACCAACUAUUUUAUGGUCAACCUCCACCUACUCUUAUUCCACCACAGCCUGGAUUUAGCUACCAGCAGCAGCUUGUUCCUGGGAUGAGACCUGGUGGAGCUCCAAUUCCAAACUUUUUUGUUCCCUUGGUACAGCCUGGUCAACAAACCCAGCGUCCUGGGGGUAGACGAGCUGGGGCAGGACCCAUGCAACAAUCACAGCAGCCAAUGCCUCUACUUCAGCAGCAGAUGCUUCCUAGGGGACGGCUUUAUCGCUAUCCUUCGGGUCGUAGUAUGCCUGAUGUUCCAAUGCCUGGUGUUCCUGGAGGAAUGCUUUCUGUCCCCUAUGACAUGGGUGGCAUGUCCAUCAGAGAUUCGACAUUGUCGCAGCCUAUUCCCAUUGGUACAUUGGCUUCAGCUCUUGCAAAUGCGGGUCCUGAACAGCAGAGAACGAUGCUGGGUGAAAACCUAUAUCCACUUGUCGAGCAACUGGAGCGGGACCAUGCUGCCAAAGUCACAGGAAUGCUUCUAGAAAUGGACCAAACUGAGGUACUUCAUUUGUUGGAAUCACCUGAUGCACUGAAAGCCAAAGUUGCUGAAGCAAUGGAAGUUCUGAGAAAUGUUGCUCAGCAACAGCAGCCAGGUAAUGUGCCGUCUGAUCAGUUAGCUGCUCUGUCUUUAAAUGAUGGUUUUGGCCCUUGAGAUUAUUUUUUCUGUAGAAGUCUGGAGGAAAAAAAAUUUGUGAAACUGUUGGUUUAAUUUAGGUUCUCUUGGCUAUUUUGGUUUUUAUUAAGAGUGGACUCUGUAAACUUAAUACUUGAAUUUUUUGUGUGCUGGGUGUGACUUCUUGGGAUUGUUUGUUUUUUCCUUGUGCAUUUCUUCGUUGUCUAUUGUAUGCGACUUGUUUUUGAAGAACUGGUAUUUAUAGUUAUGUUUUAUUAGACUGAAAAGAAAAAGAAAUUCCAAUGUUUUA